AUGAAGUACAAUUUUAAUAUGAAAAAAUAUGUACUGAGUGUGUUAAUUUUUGUAUGUAUUUCUACCUUUACAACUGCAGAUGAAUGCAGAAUAUUAACAGCGCCCUGUUCACCAUUUAAAUGCUGUUCACCUUACUUAUGCGAAAUGUCAUCGCUUAGUAAUGGAGUUUGUGUAAUGUGUUAUAGACCAGGACAUUUAUGUUAUAAAGAUGACCAUUGUUGUCGUAAGAAGUGUAAAUGUUUUGUAUGCAUUUAA